AUGAAAAAGAAGAAGAAGAAGGAAAGCAAUGGCAGUGGUGAUUCAACGUUGAUUUCGGUCGUUCUUGUCGACACCGACUAUCGUUCUAACUCUGAGGAAGGCGCUUCGUCACAGCUCGCUCAGCCGGGCUGGUAUGUAUACGCGCCACAGCUGCUGGCUACAAAGAGUCGACUUCUACGAGCGUUAGGUUUCGAGUUUCCACCAUCAUUAAUCGUUGUUGAUACGGCUUCACGGACUGUGGUGACAACAGAAGGACGUCGACUGUUGGCCGAUGACGUGAAUGGAACGUCAUUCCCAUGGUGGCCACCAGCUGCGCUGGAAGUACUAAGGGGAAACAUUUUACGCCGAGUUAAUGGUGUCGUAGAGACGUCAGACUUCUCAACUAUUAAAACUACAGUCCGUGGACUACUGUUCGGAGCACAGUGGAUGCCCUGGCCUGCUUUCGCUUACGACCCAUCUAAAACCAUCGCAUUAACAAGGGUGUACAACAUCAGUGGCAUUCCAUCGUUAAUUCUCCUGGAUUCGUCUGGUCGAGUGAUUACAAAUCAUGGUCGAUCAUCACUGCUGGAGGACCCGGCCGGUCGCUAUUUCCCAUGGGGCCCUCGCCCAUUGUACGAGCUCAAUGAGUACACUGUCUGUCGCCUUAGAGAUGAACCAUCGUUGAUACUUUUCACAGAACGAAUGAAAAUUGAGGAACGACGUCAGGAAGAAGCUGAGAAGAAGAGCGAUGAAAGUGCUGAACAAGGCAAUGGACUGUCCAAAUCAGCCAGUAGCGAAGAGUGCAGUUCCACCGGUUCGGAUCUGCCCAUCCCACCUCAGGCCGAUCCCUUGCAACUUUUGUACACAGGCGAGGAUCCCAUAUGUGACCAUAUUCUUGAGUCAAUUCUUGGCCUUGGUGACGUAGAGCUACCACUAAUCUGCAUUGUCGAUGGUCUAGCUGGCCAUCUAUGCGUCUGCGAUCGACCGGAUGUCUCAGAGGCAGUGCUGGACGAGUUUGUCGCCGAAUAUCGGGCGGGUAGACUUCAAUGGACUCCCUUGCCGGCUGCCGAUCAGAACGCGCCCAAGAGCGUCGGCGGCAUUCCGAGCGCCAUCAUCGAACAAGCACUUAUCAGCCAUUCUCCAUCACAAAAUUCUAUGGGCGGAGGCGGUAAAGAGGAGGUGAAAGCUGUGUAG